AGGAAAAUCACUUCCCAUUGCACGAAGAUGUGAUUCGGAGUCGAAAUAGUAAGCUGCUUCACUUGGAGGUUUUAGCACCUCAGACGAUAGUUCUUUCGAUUCUGAUGUUUCACCACCAGAAGUAGAUAAAAAAAUGUCCAAACCCAGCAAAGCCGAUUUGUAGACGAGACCGCGGCGCUCCGGCUCCUCCUGCUGGACCGGCUGGCGCCGGCUGACAAAACCGGCACCAUGGGAACAUCCAGUAGAUCCUCGAGCAGGAGUCAAAGCGGCCGCCGGCCGAAAAAGAAUACAAUCGGACGGGAACUGAUCAAUCUUUUAGUCCUCUUCACGAUCUUCAGCCUCAUCAUGUGGUUCUCGCCCCUACCGCAUCUGCACCAGACGCACACGCAAUGCUUGGAGACGGGCGUGGCACUGGCCAUUGGGUUUUUGGUGGUCAGUUUUAGCUUCGCAUUGUCGAUAUGACAACAAGCCACUGAAAAGAUAAACCCAUUUAGCAAUACAUUGAUUGUUUCCCC